AGAGUGGCAGCCAGCAGCAGCUCCCAGAGCCGCACCUGUUUCGCUGGGGUUCCUGCCGUGAUGCUGAAGGUCGUUUCCAGCCUCAGCCAUCCCGAUUUGCACAACGACCAUCCGGAGGAAGACCAUCUACAAAACAGUCUGUCUGUCCUUCCUGCUGGUGAUCACGGUGACAGUGCUGCAGCGGGGAAUGGCCCCCAGCCAGUUCCUGCAGGGCCAGCAGCAGAAGGAACUACCUACCCCGGAGCCCCUAAAAACACAGAAGAGAGACAACGCCUUCUCCAUCACCAGCACCUUCUGGAAAAGCAAAAAGGAAAAAGCUCCAGGCAAGGAAGAGGAGGGAGGCAUGACAGAGAGGCAGGUGAAAUCAUGGGACAUCACCACUACCAACUGCUCGGCCAACCAGAACUUGAGCAAGGUGGACUGGUUCAAAGGGCUGGAGCCCAACUUCCAGCAGUUCCUGCUCUACCGGCACUGCCGCUACUUCCCCAUGCUGAUCAACCACCCCGAGAAGUGCAGCGAGGACGUCUAUCUGCUCAUCGUGGUCAAGUCCAUCAUCACGCAGCACGACCGCCGGGAGGCCAUCCGGAGGACGUGGGGCAAAGAGAAGGAAGUAGAGGGCAAGAAGAUCAGGACGCUCUUCCUAUUGGGCACGGCCUCCAAGGAGGAGGAGAGAGCCAACUACCAGAAGCUGCUGGAUUACGAGAACCACAUCUAUGGGGACAUCUUGCAGUGGGAUUUCCUGGACAGCUUCUUCAAUCUCACGCUCAAAGAGGUCCACUUCUUGAAGUGGUUGAACAUCUACUGCGACAACGUCCGCUUCAUCUUCAAAGGUGACGACGACGUAUUUGUGAGUCCCGACAACAUCCUGGAGUUCCUGGAGGACAAGAAGGAGGGAGAGGACGUCUUUGUGGGGGAUGUCCUCUACAAAGCCAGGCCGAUCCGGAAGAAGGAGAACAAGUACUACAUCCCCAGUGCUCUCUACAACAAAAGCAUCUACCCGCCCUACGCGGGUGGUGGAGGCUUCGUCAUGGAUGGACCGUUGGCCAAGAGGCUGCACAAGGCCUCGGAGACGUUGGAGCUGUACCCCAUUGACGAUGUCUUCCUAGGGAUGUGCUUGGAGGUCCUCAAGGUUUCGCCCGUUGGGCACGAGGGCUUCAAAACGUUUGGCAUCGUGAAGAACAAGAACAGCAAGAUGAAUAAGGAGCCGUGUUUUUUCCGGAGUAUGUUAGUGGUUCAUAAACUGUUGCCUCCAGAUCUGAUCCAAAUGUGGGACUUGGUGCACAGUAACUUGACGUGCUCAAGAAAACUCAAUGUCCUUUAGCUCAUUCUCUCAGGAGAGCUGGGACUGAGUGGGGACAUAACAAGUGGGACGCAACGAGCCUCUGCCUGUGGCAUGGGCAAGGCUUGUGAUGGUGGUUGUUCCUGUACUGUAAUGUGGUUCGCCUAUCUCCAGCUGGGUUGGGGGUUGCUGAAAAUGAAGAAAGAAAAAAAAGA